GAGAUUUUCUUCAACCUAUCUUCUUCAACCUAAUUUCAGUUUUCUGUCGGAAAAAUUUUCAUACAAUCAGCAAGUUUGGUUGGGAAACGUGAAUAUUAGAUUGAAAUCUCGUGUUUCCCAUUCGUUUCCGGGAUGAUUUCAGUUUCAAACACGUCUCUAUUUUUCUGAAACGGUUUCGGCGCGCGUUUCCCGGUUUCCCCGUUCCAGGACGUUUCGGAAACGAAGGUUGUUGCUUUUAAGGUAGUUAUUUCUGUUAUAAAAUGGAUGAGAUUGUUAAGGCUGUGGAGGAAGUAAAGAAACAGUGGGAUGAAACAAGUUUUCAGACUCAGGGACAUAUAAAGGCAAUAGAAGAUUAUGGCAAAUCCAGUGCCUUGAGCGGGGAGAAGAAUUCUCUUCCUCGGUUGAAUGGACUAGUGCAGGAUGGGCUAGCUAUGCUCAACUCGUUGCAGCUCAAGCUUGAUACAUUGGCUCCACAACUUCCAACCUAUGACGAGGUUCAGUCUACUCAAGCUCUUCUUGAGAAUUGGAAGCAGCAAUCUCAAAGCUUACGAAUUGCUUUGAGGCAUGCUAAUCUGCAAGCAAAGGAAAACAGCAAGAAAACUGCUCAGCAAGAGAGGGAACUUCUUUUAGGCGGUGGCAGUGAGUCUACUGCACGCAGACGCAAUUUACAGACGAAGGCUGGGAUGACAUCUGCUGCUGAAAGCAUCACCGAGAGUCUUCGCCGCACGCACCAAUUGAUGGCUCAGGAGGUGGAUAGAAGUGCAACUACAUUAAUGACUUUUGAGGAAUCAACUGGAACGCUGAAGAAAGCAGAAAGUGAAUACAAAGGCCAUCAGUCACUGUUGAUGCGAACUCGUAACCUACUUUCCACGAUGCAGCGACAGGAUGUUAUUGACCGUGUCAUAUUUGUUGUAGGGUUUCUCUUGUUCGCUCUAGCUGUUUGUUAUGUUGUUUCAAAGCGUAUUGGAAUAUUGAAGCUGCAGCGACUAGUUGUUGCAUCGAUAAAAGCAGGUAUGUUUACAGGACAACAACCAGCAGCAAAUAAUGUACCUACUAAUACCAUUGGGGCAAACCCAGCUCAGAAUGUUUUACGUGAUGAACUUUAAAUACUCUGUUUUUCAAUUUUCCCAUUAUAUAUGAUACAAAUAAUAAAUAGUGUAUAAAUUCAGAGCGCAUAACUACGCCAUGGACAUAAUCUUUGCUUGUGGUAGUGGGUUCUGAUUCCAGGUUUGAAUCUUACAUGCCGACUGAGACAGGACAUUCUAAUUUACUUAGUAUUCCUUUGACAAUAACAAAAGCAUGAUUCACUGCUUUAGUUUC